CUCCUCCUCCUCCUCCUCUGCCUGACGUCAGCCCGCGGCCCCGCUCAGUCGCGGCCGGUGGUGGGCAUGGCUGGGGGGCUGCGGGCGGCCGGGCUCGCCCUGGGCUGGGGCUGCUGCCUCCUGAUCUGCUGCGCUGCAGCCAGCCAGCUGGAGGUCUCCAUGCCAGCAGUGGUCGAAGUGGAGAACGGGGGCACAGCCAGGCUCGAGUGCGACUUCCACGUCCCUGGAAAUGGUUCCUACAGCCGCAUCGACUGGUUCUAUAUCAACCGCAACAGCCGGGUGGAGGUGUGCCAGGUGAUGGGCGGCCGGAUCCUGGAGGAGAGCGCGGACUACGCGGGGCGGCUGUCGCUGGGGGAGGACAGGGCCCUCUCCAUCAGCAGGGUGACAAUGCAGGAUGCCAAGACCUUCAUAUGCCACGUGGUGACAGACAGCCACGGCACGGCCGAGAACCACACCGAGCUCCAUGUCUACAAGGUCCCCGAGGUUCCUGAGAUUGUGGCCAGCUCAGCAGGCAUCUCUGUGCAGAGCAGCAGCAUCCCAGAGAUUGCCCAGUGUGUGAGCAGGAACAGCUUUCCACCCCCCAAUAUCACCUGGCACAAGAAUGGGGAGCAGCUGCAGCCAGAGGAUAAGAUGGUGAAGGUGAUGGCCACGCGGACGCGGGAGUCGAGCGGGCUGUACACGGUGAGCAGCACUCUCUUUGCCCACGUCACCCGGGAGGACCGCAGCUCCCGGUACCACUGCACCCUGCACUACUGGCUGCAGGGACAGAGGAGGACCCUGGAGUCCCGGCGGGUCAACAUCACCGUUUUCUACCCCGCAGAGCACAUGAAUCUGCACGUGAAACCGUCCCCGGCGCUGGUGAAGGAAGGGGAUGAUGUGCAGCUGGUCUGUGAGGCUGAUGGGAACCCAGCACCUGUCUUCAGUUUCUACAAAAGAGAGCUGGAGGACAACUGGCAGGACCUGUCCUCUCUGUCAGAAGCCAACACCGGGGUGUUGAACUUGCACCAUGUGACUAAGAACAGCAGCGGCUUGUACAAGUGCCAGACCCUGGACUUGGAUGAUAUGACACAGAUGGAGAGGGAUGUGGAGCUCGUUGUGAACUACAUUGAAGGGGUCCGUGUGGAGAUGGAUCCAUCCUCACCCAUUCAGGAAGGGGGAAGUGUGAGGCUGAGCUGCAGUGCCCACAGCCCCGUGGCCCUGGCCUACCAGUGGGAGAAUGAGAAGAAUGUGAAUGUUGGAGAAGGGAACGAGCUAGUACUGAAGAACCUCACCUUCGAAACCUCCGGCAACUUCAGCUGCAAAGUGACCGCACCGAGCGUGCAGGGGCUGGAGCAGACCCAGCAGGUGGCCGUGGCCGUGCACGGGAAGCCACGGAUCGUGGCCAUCAGCUCCCCCCUGUACGUGCGGCAGGACGAGGUGGUGAACCUGACCUGCAAGGCCAUCGGUGUCCCCUGGCCCUCUGUCCAGUGGAAUGUCAAGGGGAUGGCUCACGAGUCCGUUGAAAACCAGCACGUCACCAGCAACCUGACCGUGCGUGUGAGCCGCGACCUGCUGCAGGCAGGAGCCACGUGCAAGGUCUCCAACACCCUGGGCUUCAUUGAGGAGCGCAUCCAGCUGCUGGAUCAAAAGACACCAGAGAGCAAAGGGGUGAUCAUCGUGGCCAUCAUCAUCUGCAUCCUGGUGGUGGCUCUGCUGGGCUCUGUCAUCUACUUCCUGCACAAGAAAGGCAAGAUCCCCUGUGGCCGUUCUGGGAAACAGGACAUCACAAAGCCAGAGGCACGUAAAGACAAGAUUGUAGUUGAAGUUAAGUCAGAUAAGCUUUCCGAAGAGGCUGGGCUCCUGCAGGGUGCCAACGGCGAGAAGAGAUCUGCCGCUGACCAGAGCGAGAAAUACAUCGAUCUGAGAAACUAGAGAGGGAAUCUACUAAGUGCUUUCUUCCUUCAAAACUUUUCCUGCUCUUGGAUUGCCUUGUCCCAUCCCCUGCUCCAGACCAGGACUGCCUCGCGGCGCUGAGCCCCGGCGUGCAGGGGACACCCCUGCCUCCCCUCUCUGAUACCUCAACCGUGGUGGGCUUGCAGGUUGUCAACUUAGCAGCAGCAAAGCCAGACCUUACUACUCCAGAGAAGCCAACAGCAAUAUUAAGAGAGAAAGAUCCCGUUAAGCUCCCUGGUGGAAGGAUUGGAGGCUUUUUUUUUUGUUCUUCUUUCUUCAGGAAGUCUGUCUUGUACGUGCGCGGGAAGGUUUUGAUGUGUUUUUGACCCCAAAACCAGCUCAGAAAAGCUGGUGAAGUUUUCCUGUUGGGAUGUCCCAGGCACGGUAGAUGUAGUGGUGUGCAGGUUAGAUGAGCGAGGGCUGGAAGUGAUGUGUUGGAGCCGGGUGUGCCUGCUGGGGAGGUGGUUGUUAGUGCUUUGCUUUUCCUUUCCAGCUCUUCUUGUCCUGUUGGUUUAGUCCUGGCAGAGCUGUGAUCCCACGGGAGGGGAAGAUGGGGCAGAGCAAGGAGAGGGAGGGGAUCUCGGGUUUGUAGCCUUGCUGGCAUGAGGGGAGGGCUUCCCUUUCCCCAGGGAAUUGGGUUGAUUUUAGGGGGACUGCACAGCUGCUGCCAACGAGAGGUCCUAGAGCCCCCCACCCCCUACAUUUAAAACUAAGGAAUAUUAGGCCAGGGCCAGUUGUUGAUGUCUCAGGGUUGUUGUUCGUUUUGUUGUGUUGUUUUGUUUUGUUUUAAAGUGCUGAACAGUUCAGUUCCCAGCCCCCGGUAAAAACCUGGUUGAUUUCUGUGCUUUGGUGUGGCACCUCUGUCCCCAGAGUGGUGGAGAAGGGAAGGUGGGUGAGCAGCCUGCCUUGACCUUGCUGCUGUCACAGCCCGUCCCCAGCGCUCCGCCUGCAGCCACGGCUCUGCCCCCUCCUCCAGAGAUCAGACCCCCCCAUCUCCAAGCUCCCAGUGCUCUGCUGUGCCCCUCCCCAGCAGCCCCUCAACAAGGGGGGGGUGUGGUUGAAACCAACCCUGGGUGAGAGGAGAAGUGUCCCCCCCCUGCACCCCAGCCCCUCCGCCAGGAGCGGGGAGCCGGGCAGCGCCCUGACCAGCCACGAGCUACAACUCCUGAGCUACAAGUGUCGUCCAAGCAGAAGCUUUGGUUUAUAUAUAUAUAUAUUUUUGUUGGAUUGUGUGUAAAUUUCCAUCAGUUUGGGGUUUUUUUUUUGUUUGGUGUUUUUUUUUUUUUUUGGUCUGAUCCUUGCAAGGUUUGUUUGGGUUUGUUUGGUUUUUUUUUUAUAUAUAUAUAUAUGAAAAUAAAGUACCAAGUUCAAA